UUUGUACUUCUGAAAUUGUUGCUUUCUCCAUCGCGAUUGACCUCUUCUCCCUCGAUUGACCUCUUCUCGGCUUCUCCAUCGCGACUCUCUUCUCCCUCGCUGUCUUCUCCCUCGCGACAGACUCUCCAGUUCUCCCUCGCUCUCUUCUCAGUCGCGAGACUCGCGACAGACUUCUCCAGUUCUACCUCGCGAUACUGUUCUCCAGUUCUCUCUCGCGACUUUCUUCUCAGUUCUUCCCUCGCGACUCUCUGCUGCUGCGGCCUGCGAGGUAUAUCGUUUUUCUUUGUUCUUCAAUUUUUUUCUGUUCUUCUUCUUCAAUUUUUUUUUCAGUUCUGUUUUUCUCGUGUAAGCAGUGCUUACUGCUUUGUGUGAUUAUUUUUAAAAAAAAUUAUAGGCAGACAAUUAAAAAAAAAAAAUCUUUCCGUUUUCCUAAUUAUUUAUUCCAAUAUUCCUAAACAGUGAAUUAAUUGAAUUCAAUAACCAAUGGCGGAUGCUAGCAAAAAGAGAGACAUUGGAUGGAAUUAUGGCACUCAAGGAGCGACAAAAGAUUCGAUUAAUUGUAACUUUUGUGGGAGUUCUUUUGAUGGUGGAAUAAAUCGACACAAACAACAUUUAGUGGGUGGUUUCAAGAAUGUUAAACAAUGUGCCGCUUGUCCGUUGGAGAUUAGAGAAGAAGUAAGGGCUUAUAUGCAAAACAAAAUCGCUAAUAAUCCCAAAUUUCAAGUGAGGCAGCCGGAAGAAUAUAUUGAUGUUGAUGAUCUUGAUGAAAUGGAUGAUUAUGCGGAAAUGAUGCCUCCCUCCAAAACUCAAAAGAUAUCUUCAAGUGGAGGUUCAUCCACCGCACGGAGUGUGACGAAAGGACCUUUGAACCUCUAUUUUUCACAGAAAUCAACACAAAAAGGAGGCUUUGAAAAAGGAGGAGGAAUUGAUGAAACAAAGAAAAUUCUAAGAGAGCGUGUUGUAAGUGCUUUUGCAAUUUGGAUGUAUGAUGCUGGGCUACCUUUUAAUUGCGUCAAUCACAAAUCAUUCGAUAAAUUUAUUGAGGCGGUUAGACAACAUGGCCCCGGAAUGAAGCCUCCUACAUUCCAUGAAGUUAGAGACACUCACCUUAAAAAAGAGGUGGAUAAAGUAGAAAAAAUUGUUGAUGAGCAUAAAGUGCAAUGGACAAGUUAGGAUGUUCCAUUAUGAUGGACAAAUGGACGGCACGAAAUAUCAAAAUGAUCAUCAAUAUUUUGGUGAAUUCUCCAAUCGGUAGUGUAUGUCUUGGUUCUGUUGAUGCUAGCAAUGAAUCUACCGAUUCCACCAAAAUGUACAAGUUAUUUGAAAGCACUAUCGAAAGAAUUGGACCGGAAAAUGUUGUACAAAUUGUCACUGAUAAUGCUAGUGAGAAUGUCAAAGCGGGAAGUAUGAUGAUGGGUGCAUACCCACACAUUUAUUGGACUCCAUGUGCCGCUCAUUGCAUCAACUUGAUAUUUGGUGACAUAUUCAAGGUUAAGCCAUAUGCUUCCGUUUUUAAGAAGGCCAUCAUAAUCCAUUCUUACAUUAGUCAAAGGCCAUUGUUGUUAAACUUGAUGAGAAAAUUCACCAAAGAAAGAAAUUUGGUGAAACCGGCCAAGACAAGAUUUGCAACGGCAUUCUUAACUUUGAGAGCUAUGUACAUGCAAAGAAAAAACUUGAGAACUUUAGUCCUCUCAACCGAAUGGAAUUCAUGUAAAUUUGGAAUGAUGU